AUGAUUCCAACGAGCACUGUCAUUGGUAAUAAUUGUAUUGGCCAGAACACUGUUAUUAGUCCAACUAGCAUAAUCAAUGACAAUAAUAAUGUUGAUUGUGCUAAGACAGUUUAUUCAAGAGAGGGAUUAAUAGCAUUUUAUGUAUCAUACCCAACAACACUUUCAAUGACAAUACCAUUUCAAGUCUUUCAAUUCAGUUCAUAUGAAUAUUUUCGUAAAGUGUUAAAUCCCAGUGGUCAAUAUGAUCCAAAGACUCAUGUUAUGGCUGGUGGAUUGGCAGGGGCAAUUGCAGCAGCUGCAACAACACCUUUAGAUGUCGCAAAAACUCUAUUACAAACACGAGGCAACACAAAUGAUUUAAAAAUAAGAAAUUGCAAUGGAUUAUUUGGAGCAUUUAAAAUUAUUUAUGAACGAAAUGAACUAAAAGGGUUUUUCAGAGGAUUAAGACCACGUGUGUUGUCUCAUAUGCCAUCAACUGCUAUUUGUUGGUCAGUUUACGAAUAUUUUAAAUGGUUUAUCAAUAAAAAAGAUAUUUUAAACUAUUUGUAA